AUGUCCUUCGCCUUUCACCCUCGGUCUAACAUUUCUGUUGAGUUUGAUGAUGAUGAUGAUGGGUUAUUGGAAAGAAUGAGCACCUUUGCUCUGUCCACAAUCCCAUCCUGUCUGUUUCUCUUCAUUAAUGGAACCAUUUUGUUCACUCUGAGGAGUAAAUCUGUUUUUCGUGACACCUGUAGAUAUAUUCUGCUGUUUAACCUCCUAAUAGCAGACACUGCACAGUUAGCAGUAUGUCAAGUUCUGUUUCUACUCUCUGUUUGUAGAAUUACACUAACAUAUCCUGUCUGUGGCACAGUAACUGUUUUUGCCAAUAUCACAAAUGUAAUCUCUCCUCUAACGCUGAUGGUGAUGUCUCUGGAGCGAUGUGUCGCUGUUUGUCUCCCGCUGAGACACGCUAUGAUUGUCACCAUUAGAAACACGAGACUGGCAAUUAUUGCCGCUUGGACUUCCAGUUCAUUGCAUAAUGUCUUUCGUGUUAUUUUGAUGUUAGAUUUUCCUUUUGAAGACCUAGACAGUCUACAAAUGAAAGAUUUGUGUUCUGAAAUCACAAUGCUACUUGGAUCCAGGUCUAAAAUGUAUGACAAUGCUUUCACUGGUUUUCUUUUUGUUUCAGCAGCCAUUGUAAUCAUUUCUUCCUAUGUUGGUGUAAUAAUAGCAGCCAGGUCAGCAUCUACAGGGAAAGCUUCAGCCUUGAAGGCUCGUAACACAUUGAUGCUACAUUUGGUGCAGCUGUGCCUCAGUUUGUCCUCAACUGUUUAUAACCCAAUGCUUAUAGCGCUUAUAAAAAUUGUUCAACCUGUAGUGUUUAUACGAUUACACAAAUUUCUUUAUGUACUAAUAAUUUUAUUCCCCAAGUGUUUGAGUUCUUUAAUUUACGGCCUUAGAGAUCAUACUAUCAGACCCAUUUUUCUGGCUCAUCUCGGUUGUCAACUAAAACAUAAAGCUGUUGCAGUCGGUGGUUAA